AAAACGUUUCUUUUAUUUUAUUUUAAGGUCAAGUGUGUUCAGAAAUGCAUUAAAAUUAAAAAAACAAACUAUUUCAUUUCUACUUCAUAUCGGAUUAUCUGCCAGUUGUGAAGUUCAUACUCCAAUACUGGACUGACAGUGUGAAAGUCCACAGUACGCUAAUAAUACUGUUAUUUCCCAAAGCUUAGACAAAGCGUCGUAAACAAGAAUAUGAAUCUCCUACAAUUAUUUGUAAUUGGCAUCAUCGAACAACUUUUCAGAGCAAAUAUACCAGUUAACAAACAUUUCUGUUAUAAGACUUUCUGUACGUGUUACGAAAAUGGUUUAGCUGUUUGUUCAAGCAGAUCACUAGAAUAUGUUCCAAGGUUUCCAAACUUUGUACGAGAAGUGUCAAUGAUAAAUACAAGACUAAAUUUAAUCAGCGAAAAUACAUUAUAUAAUCUUACGUUCAAUAAAAUUGAAAAAUUAAAGUUUGAUGCAAAUUCAGUAGAAAGCGUUAGUAAAAAUGCAUUUAGAUUUUUAAAGCAAUUAACUACCUUUGAAAUUUCCGAACAACCACAGCUGACUUCAGAUAAUCUUAAGGAUUCGUUCACAAGCUUACAAUCGUCUGUACAGUAUCUAUAUUUUACUGCAAAUAGAUGGGCAUUCCUUCCUGAUAAAAUGUUUGUUGGCCUAAAAGGAAAUCAUAUUAAGGCUCUACAUUUAACUGGGAACCAAUUCAGAAAUUUGGAUUGCACAAUAUUUCAACCUUUUGAUCGACUGGAACGGUUGCAUCUGGCAAACAAUAAGAUCGAACAUAUCGUUCUGAAGGAAUUCGGAACAUUAUUAAAGUUGGAAUUGAAGAACAAUUUUCUUGAUAUUAUUCCUUCUUUUUGCGUAUCAUCAAACAACAGUUCGAGUCUAUUGCCGAAUGUAAGGACACUUGAUAUAAGCAAUAAUUAUAUUACUACAUUCCAAAAACAUGCUUUCGAAUGUUUGCCAAAAGUAAAAGUCCUUAUUUUGGAUAGAGUUAAUGUCAACAUAUUGCCAAAUAACAUAUUUAAUAAUAUGAAAUGGUUGAGGCACUUGAGUUUAAAUUCAGUUGGAAAUCCUAAAUUAAAAGUCAUUGAGGAUUAUGCUUUCAAUAGUUCAACGCUGGAAACGAUUCAUAUGCAAAACUGUAGAUUUAAGUUUUUUAUUGGAAUGUGUAAUCCUGAAACAAUAUUUAGUCUUUGUCCAAAGCUUAUGAAUUUGGAACUCAUCAAUAAUAGAUUUUCACAAAAUGAUAAAUUUCUGCAAAAAUUGUUCAGGCCAUUAAGUAAUCUUCGAUGGCUUUCCCUUUCUUCUACAAAGCUUUCAAAGUUGCCACUACAAGUGUUUUCAUAUAUGAAAGCUUUAAAUCAUUUAAAUCUCGCUGGUAACAGAAUUACAGGUUGGCAAUACCCUGUAGAUAUAUUUGGUAAUAAGUCAACAAUUCAUAUUCUAGAUUUAAGUCAGAACUUAAUUUCUGUGGUUAACGAGUCAACAUUUCCACAUUAUUUAAGAGAAAACUUGCAAAAGAUAAAUCUUGGUAAUAAUCCUUUUGUAUGCACUUGUGACCAAAGAUGGUUCUUACACUGGAUAAAGGAAUCUAACGUAACAUUUCUGAACUAUCCGCUUUCCUUUAAAUGCGCACAUCCACCAGAAAAAACAGGAACAAUAUUGGCAAAUUUUUACCCGACUGAUGACAUUUGUAUUCCCUGGAAUCCACUAUAUACGAUGGCAAUAAUUCUACUGUCGUUUUUUGCAUUGUUUAUUCUGUUAGGUGCAAUUGCUGGGAAAUGCCAGACAAACCUUAAGAAUUAUAUAUACUUAAUCCGUUUAAAUUACAAUCGAAGACAAGGAUAUUUGCCAAUUCUGAACUCGGACGAUUUUGAAUAUCAUGCUUUUGUUGUGUAUUGUGAUGCUGAUAGAAUGUGGGUUCAUAGUGAACUGUUAAGGGAAAUAGAAUCGAACAACGGAUUUAGGUUGUGCAUUCAUCAUAGGAAUUUCGAGGUUGGACAAACUAUUACAUGUAAUGUUGACAAUUUUCUCACUAAGGCUUGGAAAGUGAUUGUUGUUAUGUCCAAUGAUUUUGCAAUGAGUGAAUGGUGUCAGUGGGAGGUUGAUGUUAUUCAAGAAAGACGCCGUAAACAUGGUAAAGAUGGAGUCAUUCUUGUUAUGUUAGCAAACAUUGACUCAAAACACAUGACUAGUCCACUGCGAACAUUACUGGAUGGUACACCUUAUUUGCGAUAUCAGAGAGGAGUUGGUGAGUUCCUGUUUUCGAAUGCUCUCGUAGAAACUCUCAACAAACCUAUAGGUCAUCCUCCCGUCGCAGUGGUAUGAAGUUCAAGAAAUGUCAUGUUGCAUGGUGGUAUGUAAAUGAAACAUGUGUCUAGAUUGGUUGUUGUUUUGCUUGUCGCUAUGAUUGAUAAUCAACUGCCAUGCAGUCACUUUAAUAUGAUUUUUUAAUUUAAUUCUUUCAUUAUAACUUCAUAACUAUGAUAGAUACUGCAUUGUGACGUUUGUGCUUGUAGUGCAGUGAAAAAAGAUCGAUACCAAGGCCAUUCUGAAAUCUCAUAGGAUAAGUGUUAUAAUAAAUCCGAGAGGAAGAAGAACCAUAAAUGUUAAUAACUGCAUACCUAUACAUGUUAAGUUAUGAAUUCAAAAAUUAAGAAAUAAAAUUAAUGUUGGAUCCGAUAAAGUUUAUUAAAACGACCUAUAAAUUUAUACUGAUGAUAUUAUAAUUUAAGAGCACUGUAAACAACAUUACUGUAAAAAUUAGGAUGUGAUAUCCCGUUUGUAAUAAGAAUUCGGCAGGUACAGCCUGUGAGAAAAUUAACCAGACAAUUUUAGGAACAAAAUAUAUGAGCAAAAUCUAGUGACAUUCGAUACAAAUUGACACCUUGAAGAUAAGUCACUUGGACAGAUUCAUUUUUACAUUAUUUGUACAUAAAUGUUUAAGGCGAAUACUUGUCGCUGGACAAGUCAAUCGUCCCUCUUCGUUUGGCUGAAUGAAUUAGAAAUUAUUAAUUUUUAGCAACUUCGUGCAAAUCGAUUUAAUUCUAUAAUCACUCCCUGUCAGAUAUCCAAAUUAUACUGUCUCGUGUCGUGUAGAAAUUGACAUUUUAGCACAUGAACUUGGUUCUAUGCUGCUACAUACUAACACUGGAGAAAAGAAAAUCUAGAUAUUUAAUCAACACUUAGGCCAUAUGAGGAACUUUUUAAAUAUGACAACAAUAAUACAAUCGGUAAAUAUUUAUCAAAAUUCGUAUGUAUAAACAUAAGAUUCCAUUAGAAAUAUGUCAACAAAAAGUGAAAAUCCUAUUAUCUAUAUCAUUGUGUCCAAAGGGCAUAAAAUUGAACUUUAUUACAAUAUAAAAUGUGUACUAUGAAAUUAAUAACUCAAUACUUUUUUUUUAUUUCUAAUUUCCGAUAUCAGUUUUAGACUUUGCCCUACAAAGAUGAGUCAAUGUUUUUUUGUUUUUUUAAUCUCAUGAACUUGAAACAACACUUCACGCGUUGAAGUAGUAUCUAAUUGAAUUGUAUUUUAUGGAAAUAUUGCAUUCACCGGAAAUUAUAAAUAUGAUUUUUAAAUAUCAAGAGAAAUAAAAGUUCAUCGUUCGCGAAAAUAUGUGUUUAUAAAUAAACUUAAAUCUAUAUAUUGUUUGUUUGGUUGUUUCUUUCAGUCUGCAAAUAAGAGAAUAUGAAAAGUAAAAUAACCAAAAAAAAAUAACUCUGAGGAA